UCCGUCCUUCGGGCUCCGGGCCUUCCCCAGGCCCCACCACCACCUCCUCUAGCCCUUGCGGUUACCGACUGGUCUGAUGUCGCCAGGCCUGUGGCGCUGGCAAGUGAGGCACUGAAUAAUUCUCGUAGCACUUGUGAGUGGCUGCUGUGACCUAAGCAUCAUGCUGGGUGCGGGGGCUUCAUAGGCCCUUGUAGCCCCAGUUACUUUGUGCCAAGCACUGAGCAGAUCCGUGACUCGGUUCAGAUUUGGAACUAAAACGAGCACGGCCACUGAGGACGAGGAAUUCUAUUGGAAAAGCCAAUGGGAAUAAUUUUUGUAUGGUGUGAAACAGGUGCUUUCUCGAGGUGUACACCGUGGAAACAGAAGGGAAGGCCUGUUUGAGAAACUGGUAUCUGACCUAAGCCUGGAAGGAAGGGACAAAGCGCUGAAAAGCUGGAGUAGUCUGUUACAGCCCAGGGAAACCUUUCCUUGCCGCAGAGAAGAUGACAGAGGAACUGGAUCUCUUGGGACAAGACUCUGAUGGGGGCAGUGAGGAGGUGGUCCUCACUCCUGCACAGCUUGUUGAAAGGCUGGAGCAGGCCUGGAUGAAUGAAAAGUUUGCCCCUGAGCUGCUGGAGAGCAAGCCUGAGAUUGUGGAGUGUGUUGUGGAACAGCUAGAGCACAUGGAAGAAAAUCUCAGGAGAGUCAAGAAGGAGGAUCUGAAGAUCAGUAUCCACCGGAUGGAGCUGGAGAGGCUCCGCUACGUCCUGAGCAGCUACCUGCGGUGCAGACUGGCGAAGAUAGAGAAGUUUUUCCCUCAUGUCCUCGAGAAAGAGAAAACGCGCCCUGAGGGAGAGCCUUCCAGCCUUUCUCCAGAAGAGUUUGCCUUUGCCAAAGAGUACAUGGCCAGCACAGAGCAUUACCUUAAACAUGUUGCCUUGAAGCAUAUGCCUCCCAACUUACAGAAGGUGGACCUCCUGAAGUCAGUUCCCAAACCAGACCUCGAUUCGUACGUGUUCCUGAGAGUGAGAGAGCGACAAGAGAACAUCCUGGUGGAACCAGAGACGGACGAGCAGAGGGACUACGUGAUUGACCUGGAGGAGGGCUCACAGCACUUGAUCCGCUACAGAACCAUCGCACCUCUGGUCGCUUCUGGAGCAGUACAGCUAAUUUAAAAAUGAACAAGGAUGACGACACAGAGCCCUGGGGGAAAUACGUUGUGCCUGGGGACAGUGAUGAGGUGGCUCUCCUGAGGAGCUAGAGGCUGGGUGUCUGAUCCUGCCUGUCCUCCUUUUUGCCAUUUCAGGCAGUGUCAGCAGAGGGGGCCACUGCUCUCCCCUUGUUGUGCCUUGUGGGCAAAUAACUAGACUCUCACUGUGUCCGGCUUCUCCCUUUCUGGGCCUCUGAGCUAAGGAAAGUAAAGCAAAGAUUGUUCAUAAAAGGCCUCCCUGCUUGUGAUCGGGGGACUGUAUUUAGCCCUAACCCCAUGAUAGAAGGAGAGUUCAUUUAACCUUUCUGAUAGGAAGAUUGUAAAUAGGUUAAAGAAAACAUCCGUGGCCUCCUUCUGUAAUAGGCCAUUGGAUUGUGUGAACUAACCUUUUGGAUCUUCAAACCAGUUUCUGUCAGGCUUAACCAAAAAUCACAAACCAAUAAGCAAUUAUUAAAUAUGAGUUUGUGGCGGAAGGCUGUCUGCGUGCUCAGCUGGCAGUCUGCGGAAGUGCGCCUCCCUGCUGCCCCACAUCCCUCCUGACUCUGGCAGCUCCACCACACCGGCCAUCUGGCCAUCUUGGCCGAGGCUGUGUUUGCAGAGGAUGUUAACUGUCCUGCGUGUGACCUCUCGAGCUGCUUUUCUCUUUUAAGCCCUUCACUUUUUCAAGGGAAAGGCUGAUGUUAAUCUUAUGUGAACGGCCAGUCUCACAGUGAUACCUGGAGUUACGCUGUACAGUCAGUGCUCAAUGGAUUGUCAUUCCUUGAGACAGGACAAAAAGUGACCUGCCGUCCGUUCUUCUCUUGCCUGAUGAAAAGUCAGCACAUUUUCAUGGACAAGAUAGAGGCUGUGAGAGUAAUCAGUGUAAUACCCCUUUCGUUCCCGUGGGGAAAGCCAGGAAGGUUUUAUUCAUUAAUAAAAGGA